CAACAAGGUUCCCCUCCCUCCCCUCCCCUGCUCCCCCUCUGUUCCUCCGCCCCCUCAUCGCAGCCGCCUCUCUCCCCCGACCAAAAGCCCUAGCUAGCUAGACCCACCCCAUCCAUGGCGACCAUCCCCACCACCGGCUCCGCCUCCCUCCUCCGGGGCUCCGCCGCCCUCCAGAGGGACGGGAGGUCAACCAGGCCGUCGUCGGCGGCCAGGCCGCUGCCGGGGCGACGCGCGCGCUCGUUGUCGGUCGUGCGCGCCUCCGCCAAGGACAUCGCCUUCGACCAGGCGUCGCGCUCCGCCCUCCAGGCCGGCGUCGAGAAGCUCGCCGCCGCCGUCGGCGUCACCCUCGGCCCCAGAGGAAGGAAUGUCGUUUUGGACGAGUUUGGCAGCCCCAAAGUGGUCAAUGAUGGAGUUACAAUCGCCCGGGCUAUUGAGCUUGCUGAUCCCAUGGAGAAUGCUGGUGCUGCUUUGAUUCGUGAAGUUGCUAGCAAGACAAAUGACUCGGCGGGUGAUGGGACCACGACCGCAUCUGUUCUGGCUCGUGAGAUCAUUAAACUGGGAUUGCUGAGUGUUACCUCAGGGGCAAAUCCAGUGUCAAUUAAGAAGGGCAUAGAUAAGACUGUGCAAAGUUUAGUUGAGGAACUCGAGAAGAAGUCACGACCUGUGAAGGGCAGCGGGGACAUUAAAGCUAUUGCUGCCAUAUCUGCUGGAAAUGAUGACUUUAUUGGUACCAUGAUCGCGGAGGCUAUUAACAAAGUUGGCCCUGAUGGUGUCCUCUCGAUUGAGUCAUCAUCGUCGUUUGAGACCACUGUUGAAGUUGAAGAAGGAAUGGAGAUUGACAGAGGAUACAUCUCUCCUCAGUUUGUCACAAACUCUGAGAAGUCAGUUGUUGAGUUUGAAAACGCUAGAGUUCUUGUCACUGAUCAGAAGAUUUCCUCAAUCAAAGAAAUCCUUCCUUUGUUGGAGCAAACUACGCAGUUGAGAGCACCACUUCUCAUAAUUGCAGAGGACGUAUCUGGUGAGGCUUUGGCAACUCUAGUUGUCAACAAGCUUAGAGGAAUUCUGAAUGUAGCUGCGAUUAAAGCUCCUGGUUUUGGUGAAAGGCGCAAGGCUCUCCUUCAGGACAUUGCCAUUGUUACAGGUGCUGAAUUUCAAGCCAAAGAUCUUGGCCAACUGAUCGAGCAGACAACAGUGGAGCAGCUCGGCAUAGCCAGGAAGGUGACAAUCUCCGGGUCAUCCACAACCAUAAUAGCAGAUGUUGCCACCAAGGAUGAGAUCCAGGCCAGAAUCGCACAGCUGAAGAGAGAGCUUUCUCAGACAGACUCCACAUAUGAUUCUGAGAAGCUGGCAGAGAGAAUAGCAAAGCUCUCUGGCGGAGUUGCCGUGAUCAAGGUUGGAGCUGCAACCGAGACGGAGCUCGAGGACCGCAAGCUCCGCAUAGAGGAUGCCAAGAAUGCAACUUUUGCAGCCAUUGAGGAAGGUAUAGUACCUGGAGGUGGUGCGGCCUAUGUUCACCUGUCCACAUUUGUACCAGCCAUCAAGGAGAAGCUGGAUGACCCUGAGGAGCGCCUCGGUGCUGAUAUCAUUCAGAAGGCUCUAGUGGCACCCGCAUCGUUGAUAGCACACAAUGCGGGAGUCGAAGGGGAGGUGAUCGUGGAGAAAAUCAAGGACAGCGAGUGGGAGUUUGGAUACAACGCGAUGACCGACAAGCAUGAGAACCUGGUAGAGGCUGGCGUCAUCGACCCCGCGAAGGUGACGAGGUGUGCCCUGCAGAACGCGGCGUCGGUGGCCGGAAUGGUCCUGACCACGCAGGCGAUCGUCGUGGAGAAGCCUAGCAAGAAGGCCCCCGCGCCCGCCGGGAUGCCCCAGGGCAUGAUGUAGAAGCGCAAUGAUACGUAGCAACCUGGGGGCAUGCAAUUUUAGGGGCAGUGGGAGUGAUCAUUUCUCCAAGGGAGAUAACUGUGGGUACCUCGAGAAAUCAUUGGUGUGUAAUGGAUAGUGAUGACCUGUUCUAUUGUCUAUUUGGUACCGCUAAUAUCGUGAAAACUAUUUUGCCUAGCUGAGUUUGAGAAGAGUAAUAAAUGAGUAAAGUUGAGCA